AUGGCUUUGAGAAAUGACACCGUGAUUACAGAAUUUAUUCUUCUUGGACUUUCUAGAAAUCCAAAAAUUCAAUUUAUUCUUUUUUUAAUCUUUCUGCUUGGGUAUUUGAUCAUUUUGACUGGAAACAUUCUAAUCAUUGGACUCAUUUUAACAGACACCAAUCUUCAAACACCCAUGUAUUUCUUUCUUUUCAACCUCUCUUUUCUGGAUAUCUGUUUUUCAACUACAACCGUACCAAGAAUGCUGAGAGAUUUGAUGUCGGUAAAGAAAAUAAUCACUUAUGCAGAGUGUGCAACGCAACUGUACAUUUGCCUCUCUUUAGGGGAAACUCAGUGUAUUUUGCUUGCUGUAAUGGCAUAUAAUCGUUAUGUAGCCAUAUGUUAUCCAUUACACUAUACUACCAUCAUGAGUAGUAUGGCCUGUGUCAGAAUAGCUGUUAGUACAUGGAUUUGUGGAUUCCUUCUUUCUAUUUUACAUGUGGCGCUUAUACUCAAUGUAGAUCUUUGUGGGAACAAUGAAAUAAAUGAUUUUCUUUGUGAAGUACCAGAAAUCUUAUCUAUGUCAUGUGAAAACACUUUCUUCAUUGAAAGCAUUAAUUACAUAGUUGGUGUAAUUGUUCUCAUGAUUCCUGUUGCCUUUAUUGUAGUUUCAUAUAUUAAAAUCAUCUCAAGUAUACUUAAAAUUACAUCAUCAGCUGGACAAAGGAAAGCUUUUUCUACAUGUGGAUCUCAUUUGAUAGUUGUGACAAUGUAUUAUGGUUCAGUCAUGGCUGCCUAUAUGAAACCUAGGUCAAGCUUAACACCAGAAACAGACAAAGUGAUUACCAUCUUUUACUGUGUUGUAACUCCAAUGUUUAAUCCUGUCAUUUAUACCCUUAGAAAUAAUGAUGUUAAAUCUGCAUUUUUGAAAUUUAGAAAUAGAUAUUCUUGCUGCUCAUAA